CUUUAAUAUGAAGCUUUGAAGCGGUUUAACCUGAAGCACGUGUUUGGUAGUAAACUGUUUUGAGAUUGUGAAUUAAAUUGUGUAAAUUAUAAGUUUGUUGUAAGUGUCAAUCAAAUGUCUUGGUUAUUUGGUUCGAGAAGUUCAUCUGGGGACCAGAAUGUUCCUCCUGGUUUCCCUGUUGGUGGUGGAACUGAGGGAAGCGGUGACAAGGAUGGUAAAGAUAAAGGUUUCUCUGUGCCUAAGGGUUUCAAUUUUGAUUCCACUGGAUUGGAACGUGCUGCGGCAGCGGCUAAGGAAUUAGAAAAGUCUGUGUACGCAAAACAGGCCUUUGAACUUUCCAAGAUGCAAGAAUCAACAAAACAGAUGGAAUUACAGUCUAAACUUAAAGAAUAUGAAGCAGCCUUGGAGCAAGCCAAAGUAGAGCAGAAAAGGAUUGAUUAUGAAGAAAGGAGGAAAACUUUAGCUGAAGAAACUAAACAACACCAAGCUCGAGCUCAAUAUCAAGAUCAAUUGGCUCGAAAACGAUAUGAUGAUCAACUGAUUCAACAACAGCGAGCCAAUGAUGAAAAUUUGCGUCGCCAAGAAGAAUCAGUAGCUAAACAAGAAGCAAUGAGGAAAGCAACAAUUGAACACGAGAUGGAUUUAAGGUCUAAAAAUGAUACAAAAAGGAUAGAAGCUGAAAUGAAAGCUAAAGCAAUUGUGGAAAGAGAAAAUCGUGAUAUAUAUCUUGAACAAAUAAAAGUGAAAGCAGCUGAACAAAGGGUCACAGUUUUAGAAUCCAUUAGAACCGCCGGACAAGUUUUAGGUGAAGGAUUCAAAGGAUUCAUCUCUGAUUGGGAUAGGGUCACAUCAACAGCAGCUAGUUUAACGUUAAUUGCUGCCGGUAUCUAUUCAGCUAAAUACGGUAUCAGUAUCGUUGGCCGUAGUAUAGAGUCAAGGAUUGGUAAACCAUCUUUAGUUCGUGACACGUCAAGGUUAAAUGCAAUUGACAUGGUAAGACAUCCUGUAGAUACAACCAAACGAAUAGUUAUUAGUCGAAAACCUGAAGACGCUUUAAAAGGGGUAAUCUUAAGACCUUCAUUAGAAGAAAGACUGCGGGAUGUUGCGAUUGCCACUAGGAACACCAAAAGGAAUCAGGGUUAUUAUAGAAAUAUACUUUUCUAUGGCCCCCCUGGUACUGGUAAGACUUUGUUUGCCAAAAAAUUGGCCCAACAUUCUGGUAUGGAUUACGCUAUACUCAGUGGAGGUGAUGUUACUCCCAUGGGUGCAGAAGGUGUCACAGCUAUUCAUAAAGUAUUCAAUUGGGCCAAUACUUCGCGCAGAGGACUUUUAUUAUUUGUUGACGAAGCUGACGCUUUUCUUCGAAAACGUAGUUCAAUUAACAUGUCCGAAAACAUGAGGGCAACAUUGAAUGCCUUCCUUUACCGUACCGGUGAACAAUCUACUAAAUUUAUGAUGGUCUUGGCCAGUAAUACACCAGAACAUUUUGAUUGGGCGGUAAAUGAUCGUAUUGAUGAAGUAGUUGAAUUUCAAUUACCAACUUUGGAAGAACGUGAAAGACUAGUCCGACUUUAUUUCGAUAAAUUUGUUCUUCAACCAGCUGCCCAAAGAAAAAGACGUCUUAAAGUGGAACAAUUUGAUUUUGUUACUUCUUGUUCCAAAAUCGCUCAAAUGACCGACGGCUUAUCUGGUCGUGAAAUAUCUAAAUUAGGUGUAGCUUGGCAGGCCUCAGCGUAUGCUUCAUAUGAUGGCAUUUUAACAGAAAAGAUGUUAUUUGAUCGUGUUAAUGAUAUAAUUGAUCAACAUCAACAAAAAAUCUUAUGGGAAACCGAGGACGAAGCCCGUAAACGUAUUCCAUUAAGUUCCAAGGAAGCAUCUUAUACUGUUGUCUCAUCUAACUAAUAUCGUAGUUUGAUAUUUUCGAUUAGUAAUUGUUUUGUCUCGCCUCAGAACGCUUUCAUUUAUUAGAAAGAAUGUGAAGAAUCGCUUUUUUGUAAAAUUAUCAUUUGAUAUAUAUAAAGAAGUGUUUAUAUAUAUAAUAUAAUAUAAUAAUAGACUAUAUGCAAUGUUAGUAUUGAUUUUACUACAUAGUAGUUUAAAGAAAGUUGCUAUCAGACAUCAAUAAUAAUAAAUUUAAUAUUUUCACAUUA